AUGGUGGAAGCUUAUGAUAUCAAUGCCGUCCUUGGGGAUGAGGAUGUGGACGAGAUAGCGGCGUCAACGGUUCCUACGACACCUGAGGGGAGUUGCACUUUCAGUCCUGUCGUCAAAGCAGGGCGUCGGCUGGUCUUUGAUGGCGAGGAUGCGGGCGAGGAAGUCUUUCUCGAGCUUGACAUGAAGCCAGAAGAUGUGGCAUGCUCUGAUAGCAACAGUGGCAGAAGUACUGUUCGCAAAAUCUGCUGCGUAGGCGCUGGUUACGUGGGAGGGCCCACGGCAGCGGUCAUCGCCUUCAAGAACCCUCAUCUCCGAGUCACGAUCGUGGAUAGAGAUGAACGGCGGAUCAGGAGGUGGAACUCGAAGCAUCCUCCCAUCUACGAGCCGGGCCUACGAGACAUUGUCAGAGUCGCAAGGGACGGCACCAAUGCAUAUUCUCAACCCAAUGAGCCCUCCAAACUGGACCGCUGCGAGACUUCUUCGUCAUUGUCAUCAGUCACCUCCGACACCAGCACCACGGUCCCGUCCAGGCAGCCGAACCUCUUCUUCUCAACAGAUGUCUCGAGGUGCAUCUCGGAAGCGGACGUGGUUCUCGUCGCAGUCAAUACGCCGACCAAGACGCGGGGUCACGGCGCCGGUAGCGCGACGGACAUGGCGGCCUUUGAGGCCGUCACUGCUGAGGUGGCCAGGCACGCGAGACCGGGCGCCAUCAUCGUCGAGAAGUCUACCGUUCCAUGCCGGACCGCGGAGCUUGUGCGAGAAACACUCGCCGCCCAUCGACCAGGCGUACACUUUGAAAUCCUCUCCAACCCGGAAUUCCUCGCCGCCGGCACAGCCGUAAACGACCUCCUUCACCCAGACCGCGUCCUUAUUGGCGCAGACACAACGCCCUCGGGACAUCGCGCAGCCGAGGCCCUGGCAAGCGUAUACGCCGCCUGGGUGCCUCGAUCACGCAUCCUGACGACGAACGUAUGGUCAUCUGAGCUCGCGAAGCUAGUCGCCAACGCGAUGCUUGCGCAGCGGAUAAGUAGUAUAAACUCCAUCAGCGCAAUUUGCGAGCGGACAGGCGCGGAUGUAGAUGAAGUCGCUGCUUCCGUGGGUCGUGACCCACGCAUUGGGGACCGGUUCCUGAAAGCGGGCAUCGGGUUCGGAGGGAGUUGUUUCAAAAAGGAUAUCUUGAGUCUGGUAUACCUCGCCGAGUCGCUUGAUCUCGAAGAGGUCGGGGAGUACUGGCGGCAAGUGGUCAAGAUGAACGAGUACGCACGCGAGAGGUUCACGCGGCGCGUGGUCAAGUGUUUGAACAAUACUCUGGCCGGGAAGAAGAUUACUGUCCUCGGGUACGCUUUCAAGAAGGAUACGUCGGAUACGAGGGAGUCGCCUGCGCUGGAGAUUAUUCGGGUGCUGUUGGAGGAGGGACCAAGAGAGAUUGCGGUGUUUGAUCCGUGCUGCAAUCCCCUCGUGAUUCAAGCAGAGAUCCGGCAGCUUUGCGGGUCGCAGACGACGAGGGCUUUGGAGAAAGACGGCGGUGGACCCUUGGUUGUGUAUGGGAACGCGUAUGACGCUUGUCGUGGUAGUAACGCGGUUCUCAUCACUACCGAGUUUGACGAGUUUCGGAACACGGGUGAGCUCGGCGUCAGGGAUACGCCGGGUUCUGCGCCUUCUCCUCCCCGCGGAAGCACGACAUCGUGGGCGGCGGAGGCGGUGGGUCAGGAGCUUCGGCAGCCGGAUGUGAGACUAGCGCUGGGAAAAGGGGAGAUGGGCGCGGCGACUUUGGAUGAUCCGCUUGGGCGAUACGUUGCUGAGCCUGCGUGCGCGGGAGAUUGCCCGGAUUGUCGGGCGGAGGAAGAGGAUUGCAAGGUCUUGGAGUCUGCUAUCACCAACGGGCCGGGGGCGGAAGAGGUUAAGAGGGUUAAGGAAAGGGUUGACUGGGAGAGGGUGGCGCGAGAUAUGCAAGUUCCGAGAUGGGUGUUUGAUGGGAGGGGGGUGAUUGAUGGUCAUGAGAUGGCCAAACUCGGGGUUCGAGUCGAGAGUGUUGGGAGACGGGGGAGGAGUUGA